AUGGCGAUUCCUUGCCGAGAAGCCCUCCGUCUGACCAGUUUACAAAAGUCUACCAUUGCUUUAAGGAGGCAACAGUAUGUGGGAAAACUGCAAAACGUGGCCUUUGACACAGCAACACAGUUAUCCCGGCGACUGGUAGUGACCACUGAAAAGAAUGUGAUUGCAGCUCUGAAUGCCAGAACUGGAGAGCUGUUCUGGCGACAUGUGGAUAGAACUGGCCCUGAAGGAAGAAUUGAUGCACUUUUAACCCUUGGUCAAGUCUGGCGACAUGUGGAUAGAACUGGCCCUGAAGGAAGAAUUGAUGCACUUUUAACCCUCGGUCAAGAUGCAGUCACUGUGUCUGGAGGAGGUAGAAUGCUGCGCUCCUGGGAAACCAAUAUUGGAGGUUUAAACUGGGAAAUCCCACUAGAUGCUGGAAGUUUUCAGCUGGCUGGUUUGGUCGCUACAUCUGACAGUGUGAAAUAUAUUGCAGUGGUGAAGAAAGGCGCAAUUUCUCUUCACUACCCUUCUAAUGGACACCAGAAGUGGAUGGAGAGUUUGCCUGACAGUGAUGUUGUUCAGUAUGAGAUGCUGUACUCUGGAGGAGCAGGAGUGGUUUAUGUGCUGGGUGUGGCUCCACAGAAGCACUUAACUUUUGUAGCUUUCAAUGUGGCAGAUGGCGAACUCAUUCAACAGGUGACUGUGGAAGCCCCAUGGAUAGAGACCCUGAAAGAUGUCUGCGGCAUGGUUGGUUCUGGAACUUUGGUGUGUGUAGAGCCAUUUAGUCAUUCACUGUACUUGCUGACACUGGAAACGGAGCAAGAAAUGAAGCAGGUUCCCUUGCAGUCACUUGCUUUAGAAAUAGAAGUCUUCCAGCCAAAGAUCAUCACUUACCAACCCAGCCUGGCCAGCUCCCCUCUCUCACGAUUCUUUCUUCAGGUGUCACCAAAUCACUUUGUUCUACUUCAGUGCCAGAAUGGAGUGGUGAGCCUUGUAAGAGACUUUGCACAGGCACUUUUGAUUAGUUUUGCUACAGCUGGAGAAAAGACAGUAGCAGCUGUUUUGUUUCCCAAACCAGAAGUGGUAAAGACAAGUGGAACAUCAGAUGCACAUGAAGGCAGUUCUCCUGAGGAAGCUGGAUUAUUGAUGUAUAAUAUUCAGCUGUAUUUGGCAGAUUCGGGGAGAAGGUUGUUGGAAACAACAAUAACCUUUUCUGUGGAAAAGAAUUGUGGCAGACCUGAACAGAUGUAUGUCCAAGCAUUUCUGAAGAAGGAUGACUCUGUAGGAUACAGAGCUUUAGUGCAAACAACGGAUCAUAUGAUAACCUUUCUACAGCAACCAGGAAAGGUGCUGUGGACACGAGAAGAGGCAUUAGUAGAGGUGGUGACUAUGGAGAUGGUGGACCUGCCUCUGACAGGGACACAGGCAGAGCUGGAAGGAGAAUUUGGAAAGAAAGCAGCCAUUCAAGAUGGUCUCAUGGGAAUGUUUCUGAAGCGGCUUUCCUCUCAGCUGAUUCUGUUACAAGCUUGGAUUGCUCAUUUGUGGAAGUUGUUUUAUGAUGCCAGAAAGCCCCGAAGCCAGGUGAAGAAUGAGAUCACAAUUGACAACCUAGCAAGAGAUGAGUUCAACCUGCAAAAGAUGAUGGUGAUGGUAACAGCUUCUGGGAAGCUAUUUGGCAUUGAAAGUAGUUCAGGUACAAUCCUGUGGAAGCAGUAUCUCCAGAAUGUUAAGACAGGUUCUUCAUUCAAAUUGGUGGUUCAGAGGACUACGGCGCAUUUUCCACACCCACCUCAGUGUACUCUCCUAAUAAAGGACAAGGAAUCUGGACUGAGUUCCAUUUAUGUCUUCAAUCCAAUUUUUGGAAAGCAGAGCCAUGUUGUCCCACCUGUGCUUCACCAUCAAGUCCUUCAAUCGCUGCUGCUACCAAUCAUGGAUCAGGAUUAUGCAAAAGUUCUUCUGGUGAUUGAUGAUAAGUACAAGGUCACAUCAUUCCCUUCUUCCAAGUAUGUUCUUCAACAGCUGCAGGAAUUGGCUCCUUCAAUUUUUUUUUACCUUGUGGACAUCAUCCAAGGCAAACUAUGUGGAUUCCGACUGCAGAAAGAUUUAACUACAGAAGAAAUUUGGCAAGUAGUAAUUCCGCCAGAGCUGCAACGAAUAGUAAGUGUGAAAGGGAAGAGGUCAAAUGAACACGUUCACUCUCAGGGACGUGUGAUGGGAGAUCGCAGUGUGUUGUACAAGUAUCUGAAUCCGAAUUUGCUGGCGGUGGUGACAGAGAGCACUGAUCCGCAUCAAGAACGGACUUUUAUUGGGGUCUAUCUCAUUGAUGCUGUGACAGGGAGGAUUAUCCAUGAGUCUGUACAAAGGAAGGCAAAGGGACCUGUAUACCUUGUGCACUCUGAGAACUGGCUAGUGUAUCAGUACUGGAACACAAAAGCUCGUCGUAAUGAAUUCACAGUCCAAGAGCUGUACGAAGGCACAGAGCAGUACAACAGCACGGCAUUUAGUUCGUUGGAUCGUCCUCAUAUGCCUCAUGUCAUCCAGCAGUCUUACAUCUUUCCAUCAGCUAUCAGCUUGUUGGAGUCAACGAUCACAGAGAAAGGCAUUACAAGUCGCCACCUUCUAGUGGGACUGCCUUCUGGAGCUGUUCUUUCCUUGCCCAAGAUGUUUCUUGAUCCUCGACGUCCAGAAAUUCCUUCUGAACAGAGCAGAGAAGAGAACCUGAUCCCAUAUGCUCCAGAGUUGCCUAUCAGGCCUGAGUGGUACAUCAACUACAAUCAAACAGUAUCCCAGAUACGUGGAAUAUACACUGCACCAUCUGGACUGGAGUCUACAUGCCUCGUUGUUGUAUAUGGAUUGGAUAUUUAUCAGACACGUGUCUAUCCCUCCAAACAGUUUGAUGUGCUGAAGGAUGACUACGACUAUGUGUUGAUUACUGGUGUCCUUCUUGGACUGGUGUUUGCUACCAUGAUCACAAAGAGACUUGCACAGGUGAAACUGCUGAACCGGGCCUGGCGGUAGCAGAGUAGAAUUGAUCCAGAAACAGGAUACCUCAGGAGUGUCACUUCAAACUUGCCCGGGCUUUAUCUAUCCUCUGUGUUAAUUAUGACUGUUGUCAUGAUUAAGAUAUUAUUUAUGACUGUGUCACAACAAUAUAUUGUUUGCACUAGUGCAAGGAGACAGAAUUCAUAACCUGUAUUAAUUAACCAAACACUUUGCUGUUGACUUCUCACAACAGGGGUGUUAGACAUAUUGGACUGAGGUGGUAAACAGUUUGUGUUUUAUCAAAACUGUUGAUACCUGUUAAGAUAGUGAAUGUGCACUGCCUUUUCAUUUUCAAAACACUUUUUUUUUACCAACUUCUGUAGAAUUAGUACUCACCAGUUGCAUUCUUUCUACAAACUGUGUUUGAAUUGACCAUGUUAGUCCAUUGAACUGCUUGCCCGUUAUUUUCUUUGCACUGAUACUGGUUUUAACUUUGAUGAUUGUAGCCAACAACACUUACUGUGUCAUCCUUUGCUCAUGCAUAUUGUGUUUCACUUUUGUAUUGUGGGAAUGGUUUAGAUGGAAUAGUUUUACUUGCCUUGAUUACAAGAUUGUAAGAUAUUAAGUCAGAAGUUAUUCAACUAAAAGUAACAUCUGCACUUAGAAGUUA